AUGCGCAAUCGUAUUUUAAGUAAGGAUGACGAUAAUGUUAAGGAAUAUUUCUCACCAUAAAAAAGAAAACAAGACAAUAAUGUACAAAUUUGGCAAGGGUAUAUGUCAAUUGCUCUGAAUAGCACAGAGGCAGGAGUCAGACAAUUUUUAUCAUAGAUGAGAAGGAAUGGGAGCUUCUAAUAAAUAGAUAAAAAAUAAAAACCUGUAAUUACUGAAUAGGAAUAAUAAUUGGAGACUCCAAAUCAUAGUAUUGUAAAAUCUCUUGACCCUCAAUUUCCUCCUUUCAUAAGAAAAAGCAAGGAUAUCACAAGUUAUGAAUUUCUAUCUUAAAUAUAUGAGUUGCACAAUAGAAAGGCAAGAAAUCAGUCCUUAAUUGAACAGCUUAUUGGAAAAACUAACAAUGAAAUUAUUGUGUUUCCUAAAACUAUACAUAGAAAGAAUGUAUAAAAAAGAUCGUAACGUUGUCAAUCAGUUGCCUAAAAAGAUAAUGAAUUGGACAGUAUAAAGGGACAAUUAAUCCAAGUAAAAUAAGUUUAAGUCUAACCACUGCCAAAGGAGACUACUCCAAAACCGUUGAAGAGAUUAAUACCAAUAAUCAAAUUAGAACGGACUACUUCCCCUAUUAAAAAGGCAUUGGCUCCAUAAUCUUAGACAAAAAAAAAAGUGUUAAUAGAUGAUACUAGAUAUUGGGAUAUAGGCUAUCUAAAAUUUAUACAAUGCCCCAGCGUAUUGGAAAUUAAUUAAAUUAUAAAUUUUACAAAUGCACUUUAAGUUCUACCAGCAUAGCAUUAAAAAUAUUAUAAACUUUAUGUUGGUAGAGGCAAUAAUCAUAUGAUGGUCAAAAGUAUAUUCAGUAUGAGAGCAUAAUGGACUGUAGGUGGUAAUUUGGAAGAAGAUGAUUUUAAUUUUAUUUGGACUCAAAAAUUUGUUGACUUUCCCUAAUCUGAGAUAAGGCCAAUUUAAAGAUCAAUUUCUAAUGAAACUCUUGAAGGAUGGAUUGAUUCUAAUGAUUAAACCUUAAUUAGAUAGGCUUGGGAUCGCGUGGAAGGAAAGUCUAAGAAGAAACUAGCAGAUUACAAUCUUGAAAGCCAAGCCAUACUAAAUAAUGUAAGGAAUUUACUUUAUUUUUUUAGUUAGGUAAUGUAAAAGAACUACUAACGAUUAAUCAUUAAAAUUAAUCUAUUCGAAUUCAUAAUCACCUUAAGGAAGGAAAUUAAUUAGGAGACAAGAAAUUUUUGUUUCUAAAUUUAAGCAAACAUUGUAAAGAAAACCUAAUAGAUUUGUGGACCCUAAUUCCUUUGACAUAUCAUAUAUAAGGUCCGAAUGAUGAAUCUUUUCACGUUUUCAAGAAAAAAUUUGAAGAGGUUUCUAUUGAUUCCGCAUUUAAAAAUAUAUGGAUUAUCAAACCUGGAGAAGAUAGCAAUCGAGGCUAAGGCAUUAAAGGUAUUUUUAUUGUUAUUUUCAUAGUCUGUAAUAAUCUUAAUGAAAUCUAUCAACACAUUUCCUAAUAAAAUCAUACAUUCAUUCUAUAAAAAUAUAUUGAGAAUCCGUUUCUAUAUUAAAAGAGGAAAUUUGAUAUCAGAGGGUAUUGUCUCAUAACAAUAAUAAAUGGUGCUAAAAAAGGUAGUAAUCAUUUUAAUAAGUAGAUAGUAUUUUGGUAUAAGAAGGGGUACCUCCGUACGUCGAGUAGUUUAUUUAGUUUAGAUUCGCUGGAUAAUCAGAAAAUUCAUCUUACAAAUGAUGCAAUUCAAAAUAAAAUGAAUGGAUAUGGCAAAUUUGAAAAAGGUAUUUUCCCUAAAUAUCAUAGGCAAUAAGGUCUCGUAUGAAUAAUUCUAGAACUAUUUACUCGAAUAGAAUAAGUAAAACAAUACUAAUUAUAGUUUCGAAGAGCUUUAUAAAAACAUGAAAGUAAAUUAUUAUGAAAUCGCAUUAUUAGUAAUUGACCAAAAUAGCAUGUGCUUCGAGUAUUAAUUAAAUAAAUAAUACUGAUCAAGUGAUUGGGUUUGAAUUAUACGGUUUAGAUUUCAUGAUUACCAAUGAAUUUAAACCAAUCCUUAUAGAAUUUAAUACAAAUCCCUGUAUCGAAACAGGAUGUCCAGUAUUAGCUAAAAUAAUUUCAGGCUUAUUAGACAAUUUGUUUAGGUAAAGAAUUGAUAUUUUUUGAGGUUCAUUAUUGAUCCACUCUUUCCUGCUAAAAAAACAAAUCUUGAUGAUUUUAACAGUAAAAAUGAUUUUGAAUUAUUAUUAUAAUCAUAAUUAUGA